CACUCUUGCUAUAGGCUGCAGGCAGUCACGUGUCUCCCAUGUGUCACGCCCUGUGACUCCGCCCAACGGCUGCUGUGAUGUUAUGAAAGCAGAGCAGUGGGUGUGACCAUCAGGGUUCUGCGGCUACAGACUCAAAAACGGAUCCACUACACUCAUCAGCAAUGCUUCGCAUCACCUCUGCCACCUUGUACACCUGCUCACAGAGGGUGAGGCUGCUCCUACCUCCUUCAGCCUCCAUCUCCACUGAGACCUCUCCCAGCAAAAGAGUGGAAAACCAGUGCACAGUGGACUCCCUUUAUGAGCUUUCAGUGGACAUUCGAAAGGUCCGCAAGUUCAGAGGCUGGGUUCUGUCUGAGAGCUCUGCGUAUGUCUCUGAGACCGCUGACCUGCUGAGAGACAUGGGUGCAGACACAACGGCUAUCGCCCACAUCCUGGAAACUCACCCUGAGGCUAUCCUGUGUCGCCCAGAAGACGUCGCCACACAGCGAGACCUCUGGUUGUCUGUCUGUCCCAGCAAACGUCAAUUGAUGAACAUCAUUGAAAAGUUCCCAGCCUCCUUUUUUACACUUACUCACCACGGUAACCAGCGGGCCAACAUCCUGUACCUCCAGAACCUUCGCCUUAGCAAGAGGAUCAUCAGCAAGCUGAUGGCCAGUGCCCCGCAGAGCUUCAGUCAGCCUGUGGAGCGCAACCAGGAGGUCAUCCACACGCUGAGGGAGAUCUACCUCGACCUGGGUGGAGAGGACAGUAACCUACGUGUCUGGCUGCAGAAGCUUCUCAGCCAGAACCCUUACAUUCUGCUGCGACCAGCCGAGGCCUGGAGGGACAGUCUGGGCUUCCUGAGGGAGAAGGGGUUCACCACGGAGGAGCUCCUCACCCUGGUCUCCAGCCUCAGAGCCUCCAUCGCAGAGCUGAAGCCUGAGGACAUGCAACGGGCGAUGGACUACAUCGAAGCGGCUCUCUGCUGCUCUAAAGAAGAACUUAAGCAAGUAGUGAUCUGCUGCCCUGCCAUCUUGUACUACUCCUUGGCCACCUUAUUGGGGCGGUUUCAGGGGCUGAUGGACGCGGGAGUGACGAUGGAGCAGGUGAAGGAAUCUCCAAAUGUACUCGAGCUCACCACGCAGAUCGUGCUGUAUCGUAUCCAGAAACUAGCCUCCUACGGAUACGACAUUCGCUCCGGCAGCCUGGACAUUAUUGUGGGAACAAAGAAGGACUUUGAGGCGAGUUAUGGCAAGCUGCAGCUCAGGCAGCAGAGCCCGCUCUUCAACCCUGUAGCUCCUCUGAAAUCUGCUGAGGAGUGAGUGUCGGUGCGCACCUUGUUAUGAAAUGUGGUUUACUGCUUCAGCUUUGUGCAAGGAAAAUAAGAAAAGCCAGGCAAAUUAAAAUCCCACAAAAGGCUGAAGACUGUUCAGGAAAUAUGACACUAUCUGUAAAAGUUUCCAGUUUGGGAAGUGCCUUUCAUAAGAUGAGUGUGUAAGCACUGAAUUGUGUAAAGUGUGCAAAAAUGCUGUCUGUUGUGUGUGUGAAACAGCUACUUUUCUUCUCUGAGAGAAGACUUAAACUGCAGCACAGAGUCUGUACGGUUUUUAACCCUCAGCUGUAAAAGGCUGACGGGGUGUUGUCGUCACCCACCGGGUGGCGUGGAAACGCAAGUUUGUGAAUGUGAUAACUCAAGAAUGAAGCCAAGUAGGAGCUUCAAAUUGAUAUCAUAAGUGUAUCUAUAAAGUCUAUUCAGUGGCCUCAACGUUAGAGGUCAAAUUUUCUGAAAAUCUUGUGAAUGCAAUAACUUGAGAACAAGGAGAUGUAGGAUUUUGAAGUAGAUAUCACAGGUGUGUCUCCUUUGGAGGAUGUCUGUGAUAGGUGGUGUAGUAGUUAAGUGCGGUGACAGAUUCUUUGCCUUAACAGAAGCCCAUUCAUUUUUUUUGUUAUCUCUGGCCAAACAAAACUAUUUUAUGCAUGAGAAAAUAAAUUAUUUAAAAAGUG